AUGGGCGCAGUGAAAGUGCCAGUUCCAGGCCCAGCACGGCUCAAGAGAUCGGCUGGUCCCGACGAGUGGCUUGAAGCAGCAAAGAACUGCAAAUACCUUUCAGAAUACCACAUGAAACAACUCUGCGAAAUCGUCAAAGAGUACAUGAUGGAAGAGUCGAACAUCCAACCCGUUUCCACCCCAGUCACGAUUUGUGGCGAUAUCCAUGGACAAUUCUACGACCUACUCGAGUUAUUCAGAGUCGCCGGAGGCAUGCCGAACGAGUCGGCUCCAGAAACACCCACCACACCCGCAAAUAUCAUCACCGCCGCAAACAUCGAACCUCCUUCCACGAUCACGAAUCCCAAACUGAAAAAGAAGCUAAAACUUGGAGGUGCAGAACACCCCGAUUCACCAAGCGAGAAGAGCAGUGAGGUCAGUGACGCCGAAGACAUCACCUCAUCACAACAAUCAGAACUCGAGGACGAGAGGUCGGAGUCCGGCAACGUCAUCUCACGCCGACAAAAUGCGAAUUUCAUCUUCCUAGGAGAUUACGUCGAUCGCGGAUACUUCUCACUCGAAACUCUCACACUGCUCCUUUGCUUGAAGGCGAAAUACCCGGAACGAAUCACACUAGUAAGAGGGAACCAUGAAUCCCGCCAGAUCACCCAAGUCUACGGCUUCUACGAGGAAUGCGUUCAGAAAUACGGAAACACUUCGGUGUGGAAGGCAUGUUGCCAGGUCUUUGAUUUUAUGACGCUCGGAGCCAUAGUUGACGGCAAGAUAUUAUGUGUCCAUGGCGGUCUAUCUCCGGAGAUUCGAACGUUAGACCAAGUCAGAGUUGUGGCUCGAGCACAAGAAAUCCCUCAUGAAGGAGCGUUCUGCGAUCUGGUGUGGUCCGAUCCAGAAGACGUGGAGACGUGGGCCGUGUCUCCCCGCGGCGCCGGCUGGUUGUUCGGAGAUCGAGUUAGCCAGGAAUUCUGUCACGUCAACGGACUCAACCUCAUUGCACGGGCACAUCAACUGGUCAAUGAAGGUUACAAAUAUCACUUCAAGAGCCAGGAUGUGGUGACGGUGUGGAGCGCACCAAAUUACUGCUACAGAUGCGGAAACCUGGCAUCGGUAUGUCACGUCGAUGAAGAUUUGAACCCGAGUUUCAAACUAUUCAGUGCGGUGAAGGAUGAGCUACGACAUGUUCCGCCAUCGAGGGGUGGUCGAAACGAAUACUUCCUCUAG